AUGUCGACUGAACAACCGAAAAAAACGAUUUCAAUUGGCAUUGAUUUCGGCACAUCCAAAAUUGUCAUUUCAUAUUGUGAUAAAAACCAGCAAAUUCGAACUGUGACUUUCAACGAUGGCUCAUCUAUCACUCCUGCAUGGCUACGACUUUUUUAUGACACUCCCAAUUCACCAACAAUGUCUUUCGUUGUUGGCGAACAGGCUAAAUACCCCAAAGACCGACUGAAUUACGACAACACCUUUUACAACAUUAAGCGCUUACUAGGUAAAACAUUUGAAGAGUUGCAAGACGAGUCGGAGAGUUUAGGUUUUGAGUUUAAAGAAGAUAAUGGGCAUGCUGUAGUUGUAGUUAAUUCUCAGCCAGAACCAACUACUUUCCGACCCAAAGAAAUUGCCGCCCUUUUCUUCAAAACACUGAUGAACCAAAUUAAAAUGGAAGUGCCCGAUCUUGUAGGACCCAAUAUGUUUGUUGGUGUUCCCGUUAAAAUGACUGCGGAAGCUGUUCAAGAUUUGACAGAUGCUGCCAAGUUGGGUGGUUUUGAAACUGUUGAUAUUAUCACUGAGCCAAUAGCAACAGUUCUCUAUUAUUUGGAUGCAAACAAGGAAUCAGCAGCAAAGAAUUUUAUAAUAAUUGACAUUGGUGCUUGUACCCUGACAUUUCAUAUAUUCAGAAAAAUGCAGAUGGAUAUUAUGAGUCGGUUUACUCUGAUAGAAACAACGACCUUGGUGGGAACAAUUUCGAUGCAAUUGUUCAUGAAAUUGAUCCUUAUUUUUAUGAAAAAAGGCCCAAUACUUUGA